AUGGCUACGACACACAUCUGCGGCUGCAGUGUCAUUUGCUGGUGCUAUGUAUUGCUUUGCUUCGACGCUUUCCUCGGUCUCCUCUUUGCCAUGAAACACUACGAUUUCAACUUGUUCAACCUCCGCGAUAAAGCCGACCGUUCCGAUUUCUUCCAUGCCACAGAUAAAUGCCUCGAUUUGGGUUUGGGUCCGAUCGGGGUCGCCGCCGAAAUGUCCCUCCUUGUCGUCGUCGUUUUGGCCUUUUUGGGAUUGUGCUGCAGGAAAUCGCUUCUUCUGCUUCCAUAUCUCAUUUACAAGUUCUUGAUGAUCUGCCUCACGAUCUACAUGAUUGUCCAGUACAUUAUUCACUUCGACACCUGCAAGAAGUUCCUCUUUGCUCAAGUGAUCGGCCUGGUCGUCUCAUUGUUGAUCUAUUCGAUCGUGGCCGGUGCCUAUCGUCUCAUCAAGUACGACUAUCAAGAAGUCGAUAGACGCUAUCCA